CGUGCGCAGACCCAGCACGGUCACACUGUCCGGAAUAUUCGUGUAGCGCGGUUGUCGUGCGGUCGGUCGGUCGGCAAAAUAAAGUGCAUUUAACUGCAGUUGCUCUCGGUUCUCACACUCCUCGCCCACAGACCGUGUCGAAUGCGGUAUGUAAGGCAAAUUGUAAGCAAAUUGCACACCCCUCGAUCGGAAAAACCUGCAAACAAAGCAGAAGAGGCGUCGCCUGCCGCAGGAGCCUUUCAUCGAAAUCUGGUCCUUUGUCUGUGUUUGUGUGCCUGCAUCCGUGUAUCGCUGUACGUGUGUGCGUGCCUGUGUGUGUGUUUGUGUGUGUGCUAGUGGCAGUGUGCUUGUGUGAGUGCCGCCGUUGCACCACCAGCAACAACAACAACAGCAGCAGCAACAAAUUGUGUUUUUGCUUACAUUGUCAGAAAGAAUUAAAUUAAAUUGUACAAAUUUUGGCACCCAGCACUUUUUACACUUUCUCAAACCCAAAAAAAAAAAAAAUUAACCAAAAAAAAUUAUAAAAAAAUAAGAAAAAACACGCCCGGAAAAUAGUCAUUUUCGAUUGGCCAGUUGUGCUGAGCGUUCGAUAGCAGAGAAACAGGCAGCAGCCGCUUUGGAUAUCUUCAACGGAAUCAAAGAGCAACUUUCAAGUUGCCCGGAACGCACCCGUGCCCUUUGCCGGACUGUAUGGGGUACCCUAUCGCUGUCCCUUAGCACAGCGCUCCAAGCGGCGACCAUCGAGGACGCCAUCGGCGGCGGCGGCUCCGGAUCGCGGGGAUUACAGGAUCCAGGGGGAGGCGGCGGAGGAGGAGGAGGCGGCUCCGUCUCCGGCUCGGGCUCGGGUCGCUUUGCCACCAUAAUGGGCGCAGUCAAAUCGCGAACCAUCACCAGCGCCGAUGUGGACGCCGAUGAGCAGCUGCAGCAUCCCCAUCCGCAUGCGCACCAUCACUCGAUGCGCAAUGGCCACCAGCACAACGGUUCCAUCUCCAGCGGCACGCUGCAGAAACAGGAUCUGCGCUACGACAUCGGCUGCAGCUCCCAGUACCAGCAUGUCAGGCAGCCGAGCUUGCGAAGCCGGAGCCAGCAACCCAUGCCCACCACGGAUGAGCUGGACCGGCGAUUCGCCAAAGUGCUGGCUUCGAUGGACUUGCCACCUGAUAAAGCAAAGUUGCUGCGGAACUACGAUGACGAGAAGAAGUGGGACAUGAUAUGCGAUCAAGAAAUGGUGCAGGCAAAGGAUCCGCCCUCACAUUACUUGAGUAAACUGCGCACAUACUUGGACCCAAAGGCAUCAAGGAGUCAUCGGCUUUAUCUCUUCUACUUUCUUUGUCAGAAACGGAAAAUGGUCGGCGAGUCCACGUCCACCCAGGUGCUCCGCGAUCUGGAGAUCUCGCUGCGCACGAACCACAUCGAGUGGGUGAAGGAGUUCCUGGAUGACACGAACCAGGGUCUGGACGCCCUGGUCGACUAUCUCAGCUUCCGGCUGCAGAUGAUGCGGCACGAGCAGCGCCUUCAGGGUGUCUUGUGUGCCUCUGAGGAGCGUCUGAAUCUCACAAACGGCGGCGAUGGCGGUGAGAUGGUGAUGGGAAACAGUAGUUCUGUUAGUCCUGGUGGAGGUGGUGGUCUACUGUCCCAUGGAAACAGUGCGGGACAUGGUCUGGCCAAUGGCACCCUGGACUCUAGGCAGCAGCACACAAUGUCCUAUGGAUUCCUACGACCCACCAUUGCCGAUGCCCUGGAUAGUCCUAGUUUGAAGCGAAGGUCACGACAUAUUGCCAAAUUGAACAUGGGUGCUGCCACGGACGACAUCCAUGUGUCCAUUAUGUGCCUGCGAGCGAUCAUGAACAAUAAGUAUGGGUUCAACAUGGUCAUCCAGCACCGCGAGGCCAUCAACUGCAUUGCCUUGAGUCUCAUCCACAAAUCGCUGAGGACGAAAGCCCUGGUCCUGGAGCUGCUGGCAGCCAUCUGUCUGGUAAAGGGCGGACACGAGAUCAUUUUGGGUUCGUUCGAUAACUUCAAGGAUGUGUGCCAAGAGAAGCGACGCUUCCAAACCCUCAUGGAGUACUUCAUGAACUUCGAGGCCUUUAACAUAGACUUUAUGGUUGCCUGCAUGCAGUUCAUGAACAUAGUUGUCCACUCGGUGGAGGAUAUGAACUACAGGGUCCACUUGCAGUACGAGUUCACGGCCCUGGGCUUGGAUAAGUAUCUGGAGCGAAUUCGACUGACAGAGUCGGAGGAGCUGAAGGUGCAGAUAUCAGCCUAUUUGGACAACGUUUUCGAUGUGGCUGCCUUGAUGGAAGAUUCCGAAACAAAAACUUCAGCCCUGGAGCGAGUCCAGGAGCUUGAGGAUCAACUUGAGCGAGAAAUAGAUCGUAACUCAGAGUUCCUCUACAAGUAUGCGGAAUUGGAGUCGGAGAAUCUUACGUUGAAGACGGAACGCGAGCAGCUGGCUAUGAUUCGGCAGAAGCAGGAGGAGGAUCUUACGGUGAUGCAGCGGAUGUUGCAGCACAACGAGCAGGAAUUGAAGAAGCGGGACACACUGCUGCACACAAAGAACAUGGAGCUGCAGACGCUUACGCGUUCCUUGCCACGAUCCGCCUCCAGCGGAGAUGGUUCUCUGGCGAAUGGUGGCCUCAUGGCUGGUUCCACUUCGGGGGCAGCCUCUCUAACUUUGCCACCACCUCCGCCUCCAAUGCCCGCCUCGCCUACCGCAAGUUUAGCUGCUCCUCCGCCACCUCCGCCGCCAGCACCACCGGCUCCACCACCACCGCCAAUGAUGCCGGGCUUCAGUCCGCUGGGCAGUCCGAGCGGCAGCCUCACCUCGACGGCGCCAUCGCCGCCACAUGCCCCGCCCAUGCUGAGCUCCUUCCAACCGCCACCGCCUCCAGUGGCCGGCUUUAUGCCCGCUCCCGAUGGCGCCAUGACCAUUAAGCGCAAGGUGCCCACUAAAUACAAGUUGCCAACCUUGAACUGGAUCGCACUAAAGCCUAAUCAGGUACGUGGUACAAUAUUCAACGAGCUGGAUGACGAAAAGAUCUUCAAGCAAAUCGACUUCAACGAGUUUGAGGAGCGAUUCAAGAUAGGCAUUGGCGGCGCCUUGCGCAAUGGUAGCAGUGGAACCGAGGUCGAUGGGUCGCUGCAGUCCAGCAAACGCUUCAAGAGACCCGACAAUGUCUCGCUACUGGAGCACACGAGGUUAAGAAACAUUGCAAUCUCCCGUCGCAAGCUGGGUAUGCCCAUUGACGAUGUCAUCGCCGCCAUUCAUAGCCUGGACCUGAAGAAACUUUCUCUGGAGAACGUUGAGCUGCUGCAAAAGAUGGUGCCCACGGAUGCCGAGGUCAAGUCCUACAAGGAAUACAUCAUCGAGCGCAAGGACCAGCAGCUACUCACCGAAGAAGACAAGUUUAUGCUGCAGUUGUCGCGUGUGGAGCGUAUCUCGUCCAAGCUGGCCAUCAUGAACUAUAUGGGCAAUUUUGUCGACAGCGUUCAUCUCAUUAGUCCGCAAGUGCAAUCGAUAGCCGGAGCAUCGAAUUCUUUGAAACAAUCGCGAAAAUUCAAGGCGGUUUUGGAAAUUGUCCUGGCUUUUGGCAACUAUCUCAACAGCAAUAAACGGGGACCAGCCUAUGGCUUUAAGCUGCAAUCGCUGGACACGCUGAUCGAUACAAAAUCCACGGACAAGCGAUCGUCGCUGCUGCACUAUAUUGUGGCCACCAUACGGGCCAAGUUCCCGGAGCUGCUGAACUUCGAAAGCGAACUGUAUGGAACAGACAAGGCUGCAUCGGUGGCACUAGAGAAUGUGGUGGCCGAUGUUCAGGAGCUGGAAAAGGGCAUGGAUCUGGUCCGCAAGGAAGCUGAGCUGCGAGUGAAGGGUGCCCAGACGCAUAUCCUGCGGGACUUCCUGAACAACAGCGAAGACAAGCUGAAGAAGAUCAAGAGCGAUCUGCGGCAUGCACAGGAAGCCUUCAAGGAGUGCGUCGAGUACUUUGGCGACUCCUCGCGGAAUGCCGAUGCGGCUGCUUUCUUUGCAUUGAUCGUACGCUUCACACGAGCGUUUAAGCAACACGAUCAGGAGAACGAGCAGCGUCUGCGCCUGGAAAAGGCCGCUGCGUUGGCCGCUUCCAAGAAAGAGAGCGAUCAGGUGCUAAUGCGCAACAAGGUUAACCAGAAAAAGCAACAGUUGCCCUCAAACGGCGCAUUAUCCUUGCAGGAAGCUGUCAUAAACGAGCUGAAGAGCAAGGCGCACUCGGUGCGCGAGAAGAAGCUACUGCAGCAGGACGAGGUGUACAACGGAGCCCUGGAGGACAUCCUGCUCGGCCUGAAGAGCGAGCCGUACCGGCGGGCGGAUGCUGUGCGGCGGUCGCAGCGGCGGAGGAUCGACAAUAAUCGUUUGUCGCGCACCCUGGAGGAAAUGGAUUGUUAGGACGAGGAGUUAGGAAUCGAGAUCGAGAUCAAGUUCGACGCAAUCGAGGCAAUGACGACGACGGGGCAAUGGCAACGAAUCGAAAAUCAAAAUUCACACUGAAACCGAAACCGAAACAGCAAAAAUGAAAAUAUUACAGAUACUGCAAUAUGUGAUUGGGCGAUUAAAUUGUUUUCGAGACACUCUUACACAUACACAAACUCACAUUCCCUUCCAUGCAAAUCCCUUUAUUUUCGAAUAUUUCUCAAUAUAUUUUUAAGUCAA